UGUGGUGGAGCGGAGAACACCUCCUCCUUCCAAAAACCCCCGUCACCUCACAUCGGUCAGCUCACAGUCUGCCCAGAGCUUCUUCGGGACUUUUCCACUUCACUUGUUCCACAUCUUCUCUUCAGUCAUGUCUCGGGUUUCCCCACUCGUGUUCGUGUCGUUAUUGUUUACGCUGAUGGUCGUUGCUGUGAUGAAGGCCAACUCUGGGGUAAAUGUGGUAAGAAAAAGAAGAGAAUGGAUUCUCCCUCCAAAGCCACUGAAGGAAAAUGUAGACUACACUCAUGAGGAAUUUAUUAGCAAGAUUCGAUCAGACUUUGAAAGCCAGGAUGACAUUGAGUACUCCCUAGAAGGCAUUGGUGCCAGUAAGGAACCCUACAAUGUGUUUGUGGUGGACUCUAAAUCUGGAAAAAUUCGUGUGACCAGAGUUCUUGACAGGGAGGACAUUAGUGUUUACAAUCUUUCAGGCAUUGCUAGGAAACCUUCUGGCAAGGAAGUAGAGAAAAGAAUUGACAUACGAAUCCAGGUUUUAGAUGAGAAUGACAACGCACCAGAGUUUCAAACCACCAAACAUGGCGAGGUGUAUGAGCUGAGUAAAAUAGAUACUUCAGUUAUGAUCAUAACUGCAACUGAUAAGGAUGAACCAGGGAAUGAGAACUCUCAGAUUGCCUAUUCUAUCAUAAAGCAGAGUCCAGCUGAUGACAUGUUCUACAUUACCAAGGAUGGGAUGGUCAGCGUCAAAAAAUCCAGCCUGGACAGAGAGGAAAGGACUACACAAACAAUGUUUUCUUAUUUGUUUUUGAGGAAAGCUGAUACGUACACUCUAACCGUGAUGGGUCAAGACUUAAAUGGCAAACCAGGGGGAAAAACAGGAACAGGCACUGUUGUGAUUAAGGUCCUUGAUGUAAAUGACAACCUACCCACUCUGGAAGAAGAUAAGUAUGAGGGCAGCAUUGUGGAGAACACAAAAGAUGUUGAGGUGAUGAGACUCAAAGCAGAGGACCUGGACUUGAAGGGAACAGACAACUGGGAGGCUGUGUUUGACAUUGUCAAAGGCAACGAGGCAGGGUACUUCAGCAUUAAAACCGACCCCAACACCAAUGAGGGCAUCCUAAUGCUCGACAAGCCUGUGGAUUAUGAGGAUGUGAAGACGCUUGAUCUAGGACUGGUUGUGAAAAACAAAGCUCCACCAUAUGAUGGAUCUAAGCCAGGCGGUCCCACUGGUGCGGGAGGUUUUCCUGGCGAAUUAUCAAGUGGGAACAAAUUCAAAACCUAUCCAAUCAAAAUCAAUGUCAAGAAUCAGCCGGAGGGGCCAGCUUUUGUCCCCAGAGUCAAAUCUAUUCCCAUCUCAGAAGGAGACACCAUCUUGGAUAAGGUUUAUCACUACCCUGCAACAGAUGUAGACACUGGGAAGCUAGCUGAGAACGUCAGGUAUGCCAAGGGUUCAGACCCUGACAACUGGCUAACUAUCGAUCCAAAGACAGCUGAGAUCAAACUAAACAAGAGGCCCGACAGAGAAUCUGAAUUCCUCGUCAAUGGGACCUAUUAUGCUCAAGUACUGUGCAUUACAGAAGACAUGCCAGCUAAAACAGCCACUGGCACCAUAGCCAUCCAGGUGGAAGAUUUCAACGACCACUGCCCCACCCUGACCAGUGACUUCCAGUCUAUGUGUACUACGGAUGAGUCUGUAAUUGUGAAUGCAAGAGAUGAGGAUAGUUUCCCUAAUGGAGCACCUUUUGACUUCGACAUUGUCAGAGAGAGCACCAAGGGCAAAUGGCAGGUGGAGCAAUACAGUGACACUGCAGCUAUCCUUAGGGCCAAGGAGCCCAUGUGGCCUGGUAUCUAUGAAGUGGAAUUUUUGGUGACGGAUGCACAGGGACAUUCUUGUCCAGAGCCACAAAAAGUGGACAUCAUGAUUUGUACCUGUAAGGACACAAUGAGGAAUGCAGAAAAACCAUGUGGAGAACGAGGCGCCAUCAGCAAAGAAUCACAGUUAGGACCUGCAGGCAUUGGACUGCUACUACCAGGGCUGCUGCUCUUACUGCUCAUUCCUCUGUUGCUGCUCUUCUGUAAUUGUGGCGGGGCUGCAGGACUGUCAGGGAACUUUACUGAGAUGCCUUUUGAUACCAAAUCACACCUCAUUAACUACCGCACUGAGGGCCAGGGAGAGAAUACGGAGGUGCCGCUAAUUACCAUGCCAACACAAAUUGAUGGACAGAUGGUCAACAUGGGCAUGGCUAACGGAGCUUCAGCAAUGGUGCCCAUGGCAGUUUUUGAUUACCAGAAAUCAGUCACUACCAUGGAUGAGAUGAAUGGGGCGAUCUACCGAGAAGGUUUUUCUGGUGUCCACAGAGAAGGGACAAUGGGGAGGAUGAACCAGAUGAGUGGCAGUGGCCUCUACUCUGAGUUUGAGAGUAGAGAAUCAGGAGUAGGUGGAGGACUUUAUGAUGGCAUGGCUCUGCCAGACCACUUCCUGAGACAGUACUAUUUCCAGAAGGUGAAUAGUGACAGUGAGAACCAAGGAGUAAAGGACAGUCUGUUGGUCUAUGACUUCGAGGGUCAGGGCUCCUCUGCUGGCUCAGUGGGCUGCUGCAGCCUCCUGGAGUCUGACACUGACCUGCAGUUCCUCCAUGACCUCGGGCCAAAGUUCAAGACCCUGGCUGAGGUGUGUGGCAGCAAGAAGAUCUCAACAGAAGUAAAACAAGCCUUCACUCCACUACCCACUCCCUCUGUUAAUACCAAGAGCUCAGUAUCAAGUGUGGUGACUACCCAGCAGCUCUCCCCUCCACCCCAGCUGCAGCCAGCCAUCCCCAAAACAGUUCAGAAUGUGGUCAGGGAGACAUCUCAGAGUUCUCAGGUGGUGAAGGAAAACACAGCUACGAUGAGACAAGGGAUGGUAAAUCAGGGCCAGAUGCUCCUGCUGCCGCAGCAACAGCCUGUCUACUACACCACCACCCCUGUGAUGCAGCCAAUGCACUACGUAGUCCAGCCACAGGCUCAGAACUCCAUGCUGCUGGCUGAGGCACCGCCCACCAACCUGCAGGGCAUGGUACUGAUUAACAGCACUCAGAGUGGUCCUGCCCAAGGCAUGGUUAUUCAGGGACAGCCAGUGAUGUCCACUGGACAAGCCCAGGGUCCCAACAUUAUGAUGGUAGAGAAGAGUGGGGUCCAGGGGGAUGGUGCCAACCUGAUCCACACUGGGAACCUCUCUGGCUCCCAGACAAUGAUGGUCAUGAAGGGCAAGGUCCCUGCAGAGUCACUUAAAGGGCUAAAGGGGAGCCAGACCUCCCUUGUGAGGAGCAGUGAUAGCUCUGGCUCUCAGAGAAUCCUCUACAGCAAGGGCGGCACAUUUGUUGCCACUCAGAGCAGCUUAUUGGGUUCAUCUACCACCACAGUGGGCACAACGCCCACCUACAGCAAGGUGAUGGUCCAGGAGGCCAGAGAAAUUCACUGAAUGAUUGUCGCAAAAACACAGAACCUUUUCAGUAAUGCCAAUAAGACUAUUCCUCUGGCUUGCUUCAGGAGGUGAUGGGAUGCUUGUGGGACUCAAGUAAUGCAGGCCAGCUUUUGGAGAGACAAGUUCCCCAUACUCCUUUCUUUAAAUUUAACAAUACAAUUGUCCCCCCGAAUUUUGUUUAUCCCACACUGCCUUCCAUCAGUGCCCUCCAAAACACCUGGGCAGCGAGGCAACAUUACAGUAUGUGGUCAUUACUACCAAACAAGGAAGGAGGAAAUAAAUUAAAUAUAAUAAGUAAAAUGGAAUAACACCAAUGGAAGCUGACCAUCUGAUACUGGCUCACCUACUGUAUCUAUUGACUUUUCAUAGCCUCACAUCUCUACUGCUAUGCACUUGGCCUGAGCAUGAAGUAUUGUAGUACAGCAAUACAAUACAUAUUUUAUUUCUAUUUUAAAAUGCCAGGAAUUAUGAAUUUUUUUUAAAUUCUUUUUUGUACUUUUGUCUUCUCUUUCUUGACCUCUCUUGAUCAUCAAUAUAACAGGGUCAUGUUUAUUAUACAAUAAUAUAUCCUUU